AUGAACAAUCUUCGUCGUCAAAGAAAGCCAACGGUCGGUGACCUGUUUUGUGGUGCUGGUGGUUUAUCAUUAGGAGCUGCGUAUGCAGGAUUUAAUGUGAAAUGGGCUGUUGAUAAAGAUUUGGACUCGACUGUAACAUUCCAUCGUAACCAUCCAAACACCAUAUGUUAUAAUAUGGAUGUUUCAGAAUUUAUUUUCGACAAUAUGGAACUUCCAAGACAUAGUGUUGACGUAUUACUUGCUGCACCACCAUGCCAAGGAUUUUCCUUUGCAAACACCAGAGGUAAUUCAAUUGACAUGGGCGAAUUGAAUAUAUUAACAUUGAACGUGCCUGAAGCAAUUGUGAAAUUACGUCCAAAAGUUUUGGUAUUUGAGAAUGUUAAGGGUUUUUAUUAUCGAGGAGGAGAAAGUGAUACGAUGCUUAAAUUAUUUUUAAAUAGUUUAAGAGACGUUGGGUAA